AUGGGCGCUCUCGUCCAGGCUCUCUUCAUCGGCACUGUUUUGCUCACUGCCAUUCUGCUGCUGGCCACGGCACGGUACAUGGCCGUGGUGCGCAGCAAACGCUCGGCCAUGGGCAAGGCGUGGAAGGCCGCUUGCCAAGGCCCUGUGCCCGACGGCGUGCAGCUGCCAGGAACCUAUUUUCUGUAUGUCCUCGGCUCGGGCGGGCACACGGGAGAGCUCUGCGAGAUGAUAAAGCAGCAGUUCCGGCCGAACCCGCACUGCCACCGGCGCUAUAUUGUCACGUCGGGCGACCACCACUCAGUCAACGCCGUCAAGCGGCUCGAAGGCCAGAUCAGCCGGACGUUUCCCGUGGACGAGAACGGCGUCGCGCCGGGCGGCUCGUGGGACAUUGUGCACGUUGUCCGUGCACGUCGGGUGCAUCAGCCGCUGUACACGGCAUGGUUAUCGGCGCUGCAGAGCGCGCUGUCGAUUGUGCAGGCUCUGGUGCGGCCGCCAAACCAACAGCAGACGACAAACAAUUCAAAGAGCGCAAAGAACGCAAAGAACGCAAACGACGCCUUUGCAUACCCGAACCUGAUUGUUACCAACGGCCCCGGAACGGGUUUUAUUGUGUGCUUGGUUGCCGUUGUGCUCAAAAUGCUGUAUAUCGUCCCGACCAACCGCUGCAGCGUUCUGUUCAUCGAGACCUGGGCGCACGUCAGCACACUGAGCCUGACGGGCAAGCUGUUCCACUACAGCCGCCUUGCCGACCUGUUUGUGGUGCAGCACGAGCUAUUGGCGGCCAACACGGGCCAUCGCUUCAUUGGCGACGUCACCAAGUACGGCAACCUGCUCGGCAUCCGCAAGUCUCUGGGGCGCAAGGAGGCGUGA